AAAAACAAUAAUUAACUCAAAAGCUUUUUACAAUUCCUCACCAUAGAGAGUUCAAACUUGAGAAAUGGGCGCUCUGAAAUACCUAACGGAAGGUUACGCUACAAUCGACACCAAUUUUCUUCAAUUCUGUGCAUCUCACGGCAUUUUCUCCAUUGAGGAUUUCUUAGUUCAUGAUGUGCGCAUGUUAGUGGCAUCAGCAGAGCAACUCUCAAAUUCAGAUACAUUAAAGCAGGGUAUCAACCAACUCUUAUCAAUAAUAGAAACAUGCCACCAACCAUGGAUGAACGGUCUAGUAUUAUUAGAAAAUAGAGAACAAAAGAAACAUUGUUUACCAACUGGAUGUAACAGCUUUGAUGUGUUCCUCCAAGGUGGAUUGCGUGAAGGACAUGUAACCGAGUUAGUGGGCCCAUCAUCAUCCGGAAAAACACAAGUUUGCUUUCACGUUGCGUCAAAAGUGGCUAUGAAGUUGGGUGGUGUUGUUUAUCUUGACUCAGGAAACUCAUUUUCGCCUACACGCGUUAAACAAAUAGUUACGCGUAUAUCUGGUUCAGUUGAAAAUCAGGUCAAUGGGAAUCUUCAACAAGCAUUGAGAAACAUAGAAUGUCAUGCUGUUUUCGACAUUUAUGCCUUGCUAAACGUUCUUCGUCAGCUAAAAUCAAAUUUAGAAUUUCAGGCUGGAUACAAAGUACGGUUGAUAAUAGUUGAUUCGAUAUCAUCACUUAUUGCUCCAAUUCUAGGGGGCAACAAUGCACAAGGACAUGCGUUGAUGGUUUCUGUUGGAUAUAUGCUUAAGAAGUUAGCAGACAGACACAACAUUGCUGUGGUGGUUACAAAUCAUAUGGUUAGUGGAGAAGGAGGGAAUCUUAAGCCGGCUCUUGGUGAAAGCUGGAAAAACGUUCCACAUGUACAACUACAAUUUUCUCGUGACCAUGCAACCAACAUCUAUGGCGUCUAUAUUCUUAAACAUCCAUACAUGGCGUCUGGAGGAAGUGCAAAUUUCAUGAUUCCCUGAUAAUUGGUUAUGGCUAGACUGCUGCAGCGUAGGGUAAAAACUUGGUAAAAUUUUGCUUGAACUAGUACGAGCUGAAGGCAACUUGCUCGUUGGCUCGCUCAAGUAAUACAAUAUAAGUUAGCUAGCUCGUUUGUUUUAUAUAAAUUUUCAAGUCCAUCCUUGAUCUCUAAUUUUAUUUUCUCGUAUAUUGGUAGUUUUAUACUC